GCCCAGCGAACCCUGCCCAGUCCCGCAGCCUCCCUUGCUUCCGUGUGUCUGGCCCAGCCCCACUGCACACGUGCUGGUGCUAUACUUAGCUACUUAUACCAUGUCAUGCUAUACUACCAGGUUGGUAUGCUAUUGCACAUCCUUGAAAAUGUCGUCAUGGCCAGACGAUGCUCCAUCUGCCAGCAUACCUCUUAUGGCAUGCUCGUGUACAGAGAGACUGCAGCCGGACAGACUGCAGCCAGAUAGACUGCAGCACUGUACUUGCAGUACAUACCUAGGGGUGCGCUCAACCUGAAAUGCUUGUUCUCUCCACCUGUACACCGUAGCUUGCUCAGGAACAGUCAUAUUUCACUCGCCUGCUCUUCCACAUCACAGGUCUCGUGGGAUCAUCGAGCCAAGAACUUAGAAGCCAGAGGACCAUACGCUCGCUGCCCUCACAUCUCUUUUGAGGACAGCACAGAAGAUGGGUCCGUCACCGACAGGCUCUCCCUCGUCCGGGGCCAGCUCCUCCUCCUCCUCGGCCCCCCUCUACGACGGUGGCUUCCGCGCCCUGCUCAACUUUCGAGACGUCGGCGCCACCAUAAACGGCCAGCUGUCACGCCGCCUGAUCCGCGAGGGCCUUCUCUUCCGCGCCGCCCGCCCGGACGAGGCCACCCUCGCCGACCGCGACCGCCUGCGCUACCACUACGCCAUCCGCACCGUCGUGGACCUGCGCACAAAGACAGAGCACGCAGAGGCCGCCAGGAAGCGCUCCCGCGACGCCGCCAUCCCGGCCCUGCUGCGGUCCAACGACGCCCUCGCCGGCCCCGUCAAGAUCGACGGCAUCGACUACCGCGAGGUCAAGAUCACCGGCGGCGGCUUCGAGAGGCACAUGCUCAGGCAGCUGGGCUGGCCCAGCUUCCUCAGGCUCAUCUUCCUCUACGUCGCCGGCUACCGCAUGCAGGCCAUUGCCGUCCUCGGCCGCGACGUCAUGAACCCCCGCGGCCUCCUCGGCCUCGGCUGUGAUACCCUCGACGCCUCGGGCCCCGAGGUUGCCACCGGCCUGGCCUGCCUGCUCGACGGCCUGCCCAUCCUCAUCCACUGCACCCAGGGCAAGGACCGCACUGGCAUCAUGGUUGUCCUCGCCCUUCUCAUCUGCGGCGUCCCUGUCGAGGCCAUCCAGUAUGACUACCACCUCUCCGACGAGAAGCUGCUCUCAGAGGAGCAGUCGCGCCUGGUUGAGAUCCGGGAGAUGGGCCUCAGCGAUGACUUUGCAAAGACCGCCCCGGGCUUUGUGCAAGGCAUUGUACACCACCUCGAGUCAAAACACGGUGGCCUGGACAAGUACCUGGACCGCAUCGGCUUCGGCAGCGACAAGAGGACCGCCUUGCGGGAGAGACUCAUCUACUAGGCUCUGCUUUCGUCAGAUGCAUCACUCGUGCAUAGCGUAGGCGUCGGGGUGCUCAUAGAAGGGUUUGGGAAACCAGAUCAGUCCCAGGCUGGAGAAUAUAUUCUCGGGCUCUGGGCAAUGUCAAUUCCUAUUACGCAACAUUAUACGGAUACAAUUUCCUUGCUGGGUUGGGCUUAUAGACGGAUAUUCUCACCUACGGCGACCAGGCUGUGGAAGUGUCUUGGAAUGUGACGUACAACCUUUCGCUGGAUUUGGUGGACUCGGGUUGCCUGAUAUUUCUCAAUGGCAGCUGAGAGAACUGUUAGCAUAUUACGCAGGAAUCCGCCUUCUCAGCAGUGCUAUGAAACGCGAUAAACCGGCCUCCAUGUGCGGCAUCAAUAAUGUUCAGUUGUGGUGGACAUUGGUCCCGAAAUGAGAGUAGAAGUCAAGCCCUGGGCUUUGCCUGGUGCUUCUCUCCACAGCCCUUCGUCAGCCCACUUAUGGUGGACACCAGUGCUCUGGGUUUACAGUCCUCCCGGCCAUCCUCGAAGCUUGAUAGCAUAAAUUAUGCAUGUGG